AACAGGGUGAGACGGCGGUGAGCCUAUCAGUCAAUGGGCGCGUGCCCCCACGCGUGGCGGCACAAUCUGCAACACCGCGGCCGCAUGUGGGCCGCCUCCCCGGCCUUCCGCAGGCAGCUAUUCCUGCUCCGCUCUCUCGCGCCCUCCUGCACCUGCGUAAGCGGCGGCCGCGCGUCCUCGAGCUCUCUCCGGGUCCACGCGAUGCAUGCGGCGGCAGCGGGGGCGGUGUACGAGGCGGACGCGGAGUCGGUGGUCCGGCGGAUCACGCCGCCGCUCGACCGCGCCCGGCAUAAAGGGCAGGCAGGGAAGAUAGCAGUAAUUGGUGGAUGUCGCGAGUACACUGGUGCUCCUUAUUUUGCCGCUAUCUCUGCCUUAAAAGUUGGUGCAGAUCUCUCACAUGUUUUCUGCACAAAAGAUGCUGCAACAGUAAUUAAGAGCUAUAGCCCUGAGUUGAUUGUGCAUCCAAUACUUGAGGAGUCCUACAGUGUAAGGGAUGAUGAAAGAGAAUCUGUUUCUUCUAUCAUUCUCACUGAAGUUACGAAGUGGAUGGAGCGCUUCGAUUGCAUAGUUGUUGGUCCUGGCCUUGGAAGGGACUCAUUUCUUCUGAAUUGUGUCAGUAAUAUCAUGAGACAUGCACGGCAGGCUAAUAUUCCAACUGUUGUUGACGGGGAUGGCCUUUUCCUUGUAACCAAUAACAUUAGUCUUGUUGAAGAUAACUCUCUCGCCAUCCUAACACCAAAUGUAUACGAGUACAAGCGUCUUGUCCAGAAGGUGCUUAACUGUGAUGUAGAUGAGGAAAAUGCUUCUGAGCAACUGACUACACUUUGCCAAAAAAUUGGUGGUGUAACCAUCAUGAAGAAAGGAAAAGCAGAUGUAAUUAGUGAUGGUAAACAAGUCACACAAGUGAGUACAUUUGGUUCCCCAAGGCGAUGUGGUGGUCAAGGCGACAUUCUUUCCGGAAGCGUGGCGCUCUUCUCAUCAUGGGCACGACACUUUCUCUUGUCAAAUGACCAACCUACAGAGAAGAGCGUGAACCCGAUGAUCCUUGGGUGCAUAGCUGGCUCUCUAUUGCUCAGGAAAGCUGCAGGGCUUGCUUUUGAGAAGAAGAAGAGAUCAACCGUAACUACAGACAUCAUUGAGUUCUUGGGCAAAAGCUUGGAAGAUAUCUGCCCUGCUGAGCAGUAGUGUUGGGUGGAUUUGUUCCAUCAUUGCCGAACUGUACCCCAGCAGCCUACAAUAAUGUUGAUGCUGGCAUUUGGAUAUUACCAUCAUCGUGUACAUAUUUUGUAGACUAAGAAGAGGGUGCUGGGAUGCUUUGAUAGACUGUCUGCUUCUUUGUAAGCGCUGCAUUGGACAUGGCCUUAUGACUUUUCAAGUAUCCUUCCCAUGAUAGCUAAAACAUCUAUAUCCUUUCUUUUGUUUUUGCGCCCCUUAAUUGUUUUUAAGAGUGAUUCGUUGUUCUCUAUUUAUAUGCUGUCUAUUAUGCUCAGAAAUUUGGAAGUC